AUGGCGUCGUAUAAUCAGCUGAAAGAGCCUACCGGCGAGGACUAUACUCUUAACUUUGAUGUAGGAGAAUUGGGCAUCCCGUUGGACAAUGAGCCAUCCAUGUCCAUUGGAAUGUAUGACCAGGUUAUCGAUUUCACCCAUCAGACCCCCAAUGAAAUCGACAUUGCCUACCCGGAGCACAUGCUUAACAAGCACAUCGUUUCAGAGACUUGCAAGAGCCUAGAGAUACUUUCACACACCAAUCGCUCCAAUCUUGCUUCCCCUGUUCACAACCCCGACCAUACACAGGUUGGCAACACAUCGGAUUACGAGCGGUACCAUGCUAAAUUCUUCGGUAUGAACUCCGAGCCCGAUUCCGAGGACUCUGUGCCGGAACCCGUGCAGGAACCGGAGGGAAGUCAGUACCCAGAGGCUUGCAUUGACCCGCGCCUUCUCAUGUACGAUCCGGCCUUUUGGGUCUGCACCGAACAGGCAGAUAAGGGUCCUAAUCUAUCAUCGGUGCCGCAAUCAAGCACCUCGGGACUCCUUCAGAGCAUCCAAGCCAUGGAGCCUUUGUUAGCCCAGCAGUCUUGGGUUUCCUAUGUAGCACCAGCUGUAACACCAGUGCCUUGCACAAAGCCAGCAUCCCCUACAGAACCGACAUCCUAUACAGGACUAACAUCCUUCACAAACCUGACAUCCAAUACACAAUCUAUGAACCCGGUCUCUUGUCCUAAACCGGUAUCUCAUCCGGAAUCGGUAUCUCAUCCGGCACCCGUGUCUUAUCCAGAAUCCGUAUCUUAUGUGGGGCCAGUCUCUUAUCCGGAGCCGAUCUCUUAUCCAGGAUCCGCAUCUCCCCCGGAGCCUAUGCCCUAUACGGAAGCAGUAUUCCAGCCCCAACCCCAGCCAUUGGAAGGAGAUAGCUCGCGCGCCUUCCGCUUGCGCCCCGACCCCAUUGUAGCACCUACCAUUCCCCUUCCGAACACUUCUGUUCAGAAGCGCAAGUACGAAAGUUUCUACUUCGAUAGGGUUCCUGCAACUCAGUACGGACAAACAGUAAAGGAGUUUAUUUCUCAGCACCUUGGUUCCAAGACCCCCCACACCGAACCGGUGGUUAACAGUCCCAGCUACAACCAAACCCAAAUGAGCCUAUCUCCUCAAAGCCAAGAGCAACCGAGCAAGAAGGCCAAGGCUUCUAGUCCUUAA